AUGGAGCUAGAAAAGGGUGAAAUAUUGAAAGAUGGUACAGACCUUGCUAGGAAGCAAUCAUUGUUACCCAGUGGUCCCAGUACAUUAUGCUUUGUAACUGAAGAUUUUGUUAGUGAAGAAUUCAAUGUCGAUGGCUUUAUAACUUCCUGCCGCAGCAGUGUUUCUCCGGAAGUACUUCGCAAUGACUUAAAGACUUACUUCGAUAUUCUAAAGAGUUCCAUGGUCGAAUUGAUUAACAAGGAUUAUGCCGACUUUGUUAAUUUAUCUACGAAUUUGGUUGGAUUAGAUAAAGCUAUCAGUAAUAUUUCUGCUCCUUUGGAACAGAUCAAAACAGAAGUUGGGUCUGUCAAGGACUGUAUUGGCCAGGCGAUGAAUGGUAUUAAUAGAAGAUUAAAGAAGAGAACCGAAUUACGAGAGAAAAAAGCUCGGUUACAAAGGUUACUAAAUAUAUCAGAUUCUGUUGAUAAAAUUGAAAAGCUGCUUCAAAUCAGCUCAACUUCACCCCAGAAUAUGAUGUCAGCAUCAUCUGAAGAAGAAAACUAUGGACAUUUAAUUGAACGCGUUGCGAUAGAAUUUAAUCAGUUGUUAUUCAAUUUGAAUCAAAGUAAAGGUCUUCCAUUUGUUCAAAAGAUACAGCUUCGUAUUGAUUCAAUCAGUAGAACUCUAAAAAGUAGCCUUGAUAGAUUGUUCGAAGAGGCUGUAGGGGGUGGACAAACUGAUUCUUUAGCUCGCUGUUUGCGAACCUAUGCUGCUAUUGAUAAAGUCCAAGAAGCUGAGACUUUAUUUAGAAAUAUGGUUGUCAAACCGAGAACGAAUGAAAUAAUUAAAAGUGAGAUGUUGGACGUCGUCGCUUUGCAGACAAUGUAUCAGAAAAUUAUAGAUUUUAUUCCUAUCCAUUGCGGUCUUCUAUUAGAGCUAACUGCGGAGACGACAUUAUCCGAUAUCGGUCGCGGAAGCAUAACUACUAGUGGUAGUAAAAUACGAGGUUACGAUUUCUUGGUACAUUCAGUAUUUCCAGAAGUUGUUUCAAGUAUAGAAGUUCGCCUGCCUUCAAUUUUUGCACCUGGUAAUCCGGAUAUCUUCCAUCAGAAAUUUACAGCUACACUAGAGUUUAUCGCUAAAUUCGAGUAUCACUGCUGUUCACAAAGCAGUAUACUCAGGCUUCGGGACCAUAGCAGUUAUAAGCAGUUUAUGUCAAAAUGGAACCUACCUGUGUACUUUCAGAUCAGAUUCAAAGAUAUCGGAGAAUUGACAGAAAGUGCAUACACAAAUCCUUUUAUUACGGUGUCAGAUAAAAUUUGUAGGUUGAAUGUGACCAAUACGUUAUGGUAUUGCGUCUCUCGAUGUUGGUCGGAUGAUGUAUUUUUACUUAAUUUAACGCAUCUAUUUUGGAAGCUAACUAUGCAGCUACUCUCUCGCUUUUCUUAUUGGUUAACUAACGUUAAGGAAAACUUAGUAAGUUCUCCUAAUUUUGGACUUGAAGAUCGUAGCAAGGGCUCUAGUAUUGAUACAAACAAAUCUCGAGAGAGCAAACGUGAUGUGGUUUUAUCAGAUACAGCCCAUGUAAUCAAUCUUAUUGGAGAUAUAGAUAUUUUAAUACCAAUGCCUAUUUCGCGGUUAAACUUCUAUAGUCUAAAAUUAUUAAAAUCGUCGUCAAUUUUAGAGAGCAUUAAAGAAGCGUGUGAUAAUGUAGUUUUACAUUUACCAAAAUUCGAGUCUCACGUAAUUACUCAAGUAGCAGAUUCAUGUAAGCAGCAUUUGGACGCAGCAAACAGUGUUCCUCGACAAUAUCGACGAACAAACAGAGAGAUGCCGGGUAAAUGUUCUACAUACGUACACGCAAUUUUUAUUCCAUUGAAAAGUUUUAUAUCAGAAAGAAGCGAUCAUAUCAGUAGCAAUAAAUGUAAAGACUGGGUUACAAGAAUAUUACAAAUUGUAGCUGAUAAAUAUUUUAACAUUAUUAAUGAUAUAUUAACGUCCGUUGAAAAGACAAGAGAUAGUCUUAUGAGAUUAAAGAAAAAUAUUGCUGCAGCUGCUAGUGGAUCUUCUACGUCUGUUAGCGAUGAAGAUAAAAUUCGAUUACAAUUACAGCUUGAUGUUUUAGAAUUUGCGAAUGAAGUAAGCCUAUUAACUUUGGUUAAUAGUACAGUUAAGCUUGAGAUUAUGUGCUAA